AUGCGGGAACAGCUGCGCCCCCCCUCGCCGCCGCCUGCGAAACGGGCCAGGCAUGACCGCCAUGGCAUCGCAGACCUCUUUCCCUUCCAGGAGCUCUUCCUCAGGAUCCUGUCUUUCCUCAGCCCGGGCGAGCUGGCAGCGGUGCAGGGGGUCAGCAAGUAUUGGCAGAUGAUGAGUCUGGAUCCACAGCUAUGGAAGCGCCUGUAUCUGGCCAAAUACCCUCAUCCACACCAAACCCAUCAAGACCAAGACCCGGGUCCUUCAAGUGACCAAGGUCCAAUGACACCCCAAUCAGUCAGACCUGUUGCGAGAUUGCCCUCCAGAGCGUUCCCGCCACCAUCGCCAUCGAGGACUUCCAGCGCGACGCCUAAUACUAAUAUCUCCCUAUCUGGCAUGCCAGGUUCCCCAGGUAUCAAAGGCAAAAGGAAGGCUUCUUCCAUAGAGGAUGUUCCAGAAGAGAUUUUCGUGAGACAUGAAGGCAUGGAUUGGAAGAUGAUGUUGAGGCUGGGAACUAAUUGGUCUAACGGGAACGCUCUCUCGGAAGCGACGAUACCCUUGCCCCCUUCACCCUCGCCGUCAGUCACCCAAGCAUCGCCACUGCCCUCGCGUCUCAACCAACUUUCGGACCCCGAGCCCGGCCAUCCACGAACCCAACAUCUAGCGCUCUUUCCUUCCUUCAUCUUUACUUCAUCGCCAGAAUCGCCCCUGGUCCACUGCUACCCAGCAUCUUCGUCAUUGUCCCAGAGCAGCGUUCUGGGUAUCAUCCCCCCUCCGCCAGGCUGGAGUAACCCCAGCAGACCUGAUUGUGUAACCGCUAUAUGCGCCGACCAGGCGGUCGUCCUCCCCGAGCCUACUGGAAUAGGAGAAGAGCGAGCCUUUCCCGCCCAGCUGGGAGUCUUCUAUCAAUCUGGAGGCUUUGUGGUCCUCACUAUCCGGCUUGGCAGCACACCGUCAGCCGAAAAACGCACCAUCACUUGGUCACGGUCUGUCAUUCGCCCCGCACAGACACGCCCACAAUCCCUACGCCGGCGGGCGCAAAGCCACUAUCCAGACAGAGGCGACCCCAUCUUGUAUGCUGCUAUGCACGGCAGAGUGCUGGUAGUGUGCACACGAGGGUUUUCUUUGAGUGUGUACGACUUAAAGGAGAAGGAUGGUGAUGGGCCUCGGUGUUUGAGGACGAUGAAGUCGGAGGUUGCUUUCCACCCUGCUUCUCUUUCGCUACUUCCGAAUUCCCAAAACAAGUUUGCGCAACUUGAUGUGACGUCAAAAACGGAAAAGUGGACAGCGUCUUUGACGUAUACGGCCCCAGUGUAUCCUUCUUCAUGGACAGCUACCGUCCAAGAGCUACACAUUUCUCUCUCGUCGCCGACACAAUCGCCCGUAUACCCUGUCACCAUUGAUGUCGAACGUGGCUGUACCUAUCAAGUACUUUCCCCUUCGAAUGACCCGGACGAAUGGCCCCGUAAAGUUCGACCUAUCCCCGGCGUCAAAGGCUCCGCCACAAACAUCGACUCUGACGGUCGCUGGUGCGUCCUUUCGGGACAAGACAAUAAAGUUGAAGUGUUUUCUCUCGCUCCCGGCUCAAGAGGAGGGAUCGAACAUCGACAGACCUUGUUGGCGCAUUCAUCUAGCGUUACUGCAUUGUCGCUUGAUGCGGGAAGGUGCGUAACGGGCGGAAGAGAUGGGAGGGUGUUGGUCUGGGAGUUGGAUGAUGCCGUCGAGAACGCAGCAGGGCAUGGGGAAGGUAGGCUAGGAAGGACAGUGGGCUAUGUGGAAGUGCGAAAAGGAGGGAGAAAAAGCAUCUGGAAGGGACCCUCGGGGCCCAGGGGCGAAGAGGAUCGGGAAGCGUUGCCACACCCUCAGGCGAUUUCUUCUGCUGCUCGGUCACUCUUUCUGCCCCAGCCCCCUAUUUCAAAGCCUCAAGACAAUAUAGAGGAUCGGAGAGAGAUCAAACACUUGGCGUUUGACGAGGAAAAGAUAGUGGGAGUCAUCAGGGGAGCUGGCGAGGAUGCCAUCAGAGUCUGGAACUUUGGAUAG